AUGGCGCACGCGUGGCCCAUCCGGCCCAGGGACGCGCCGGAGACGCGCUCCCUCCGUCCACCGGCCCCGGAGGCGGUCAUCCGCCUUCCCUCCCGGGGGCCCGCAGGCCCGGCUAAAAAUAGGCGCCUCCGUCACCCCAGGGCCCUCUCCCGCCGACCUCGCCCUCGAGAGAUGUCCUCGGGGGAGACCCGGGUCGCGCUCGGAGGCGCCGCGGCAGAGCCCGGGUCGGGCCGUGAGCGGGCGGCCCGUGAGGCCGAGCAGCCCGGGGAGCCCGCCGCCGCCAAGGCCCGGCCCGAGCUAGAGUCCGGCGGCCGGACCCGGCGCCCGAGGCCUACCCGGCGGACGGCGGGCCGUGUUCGGGCCCCGCGGCCGCGCCCCCCAACCGGUGCGGCCCUCCCGCCCGGAGCCCCGGAGCCGGCGCCGGCGCCGCCCCCACCCCGCGGUCACGCGGCCGGCGCCCCGAACCCGACGCCGCUGGAUCGUCGUUACCCUGCGCGAGUGAUGAGUCUAGAUUACUAUCAUGUGCUUCCCGCGCUCCAUUCUGAGUACAUUUUCAUCCACCGAUUAAGUUUUAUUGAUCAUCUAAGAGCUUGGUACAAAGAUACAAAGAUGAGCAACCGAAUUCCCUGCUCUCAGAGACGAAAGCUCGACCGACCUCGGCGCUUCCCCGCAUCCGCUCCCCAACCCCACCCAAGAGUGGGACCUCCGCGCAUGGAGAGGGAAGAGCGGUACCUGGAGCUCUACCUGGACCGGUGCACCGCCCAGGAUGACCUCGCCCCACCUGGGUUGCCCCUGCUCAGCCCAGUUGCACCCUAUGAUGUCUACAUAUAUAAUUCAUCCCACCCGGAGGCUGUGUUUAAUUCACAUCUUGAAGAAGUCAAAGAAACAUCUGGUGGUUUCUCAUCUGUGGAUCUUAGCUUCCUACCAGAUGAACUUACCCAAGAAAAUAAAGACCAGACUGUCCUUAGAAGCAAGGGUGAGGAUGAAGAAAAUUGUAAAACUCAAAGUCCGCAAAGUAAACUGCCGUUAUCCAGCCAACGGGACGUCGGUCUGGGCUCAAACAGCAGCAGUUCGUCAAAUUCCCACUCACGUCUGCGCCCUGGUGAUGCUGACUCUGUUCAGCACUCUCCUGAGAAACCAGACACCUUGCCUCUGGCGUCCAUAGCUCCCAUGACGCCAAUGGCCCCUGUUUCAGAAGGUUCUGAGAUUGUGCCUCAACUACAGAAUAUAGUUUCCACUGCAAACCUUGCCUGUAAAUUGGAUCUGAAGAAAAUAGCUUUGCAUGCAAAAAAUGCAGAAUAUAACCCAAAGAGGUUUGCUGCUGUCAUAAUGAGGAUCCGAGAGCCCAGGACAACAGCCCUCAUAUUUAGCUCUGGGAAAAUGGUCUGCACAGGAGCCAAAAGUGAAGAGCAGUCUCGACUUGCAGCGAGAAAGUAUGCUCGUGUGGUGCAGAAGCUCGGGUUCCCCGCCAGAUUCCUCGAUUUUAAAAUUCAGAACAUGGUUGGAAGCUGUGAUGUGAGAUUUCCCAUCAGGCUGGAAGGUUUGGUGCUAACCCAUCAGCAGUUCAGUAGUUAUGAACCUGAACUGUUUCCUGGCCUUAUUUAUAGAAUGGUAAAGCCACGAAUUGUGCUGCUUAUCUUCGUAUCUGGAAAAGUUGUGUUGACAGGUGCCAAAGACCGUUCUGAGAUCUAUGAAGCAUUUGAAAACAUCUAUCCCAUUCUAAGGGGUUUUAAAAAAGCCUGAGUAUAUCACUCAACAUCUCAAAGUAUAUUGAUGAGUAUGUGCAUAAGUCCAGGACAGAAACAACUGGAUUUUUCUACCUUUAAUUGUAGAUGUUCCAUGCACAUUUUGACUUAUUAAAAGGUGAUUCUAUGUGAAAUGAAGAAAGCUUCUUAUU